AUGGCACUAACAUCAGCAGCAUGUCGACGAACACUGGACGAUUUGUCGAUAUGCGAUCGACUGAGAGAUCCACGCUUCACCUGGAUUAUCAAUUGUGCGAAACGAAAGCUUCCGACAGUUCCAUUCACCUUGCCAGCUACAAACGCUCAGUCAUCUGAUGCGGAAAUGCUGAAGCAAGCAUUCACAUAUGCGCGACAACAGGCUUGGGGAUCACCGAACGUUUUGCAACUGGUGGAUCGUUGCAAUAAAGCGGGUGUGGUUGAGAACUGGUGCAUGGUGAGGAAUAUAUCGCUUUGUUUUCCAUAUAUUCCUAAUCGUAAUCAUUCAGUCCGUAAUUUUGCUCUCACAAUCAGUACAUCUUAA